CUUUCUCUUUACUCACAAAACUAUCUUACAUUGCUACCUACCAAUAUCGUAUAUAUAUAUUUUUUUAUAUUUUCACCGAUUGCAUCCACAUUUUGCAUUUUUAGUUUUAUUAAAAUAUUUAAUAUUUCAAAUAAAAUAAAAUAUUUAUUUAGGCGCAAUGAUCACUUCUUCCAUUCUGCCGCCCAUAGAUAUACCAAACACAAACCUGGUCAACUAUGUUUUCACCGAGUGCGAAUCGCACGUGUCCUCAUCCACCGAGCACACGACUCUGCGUCUGGCCGCAGGGCUCCAACAAGCCCCCUUUAACAUUGGUCCAGGCGACACCGUGGCGAUCUUUGCCGCAAACGGCAUGAACUACCCGAUUGCCGCCUACGCCAUCGUUGCUGCAGGCGCCACAUGCACACCAGCCAACCCAAUGGAGCUAGCGCAUCAAUUAACGGACUCGCGCUGCAAGAUGAUCAUUGUCGGCGAGGGGCUCCAACCCACAGUCGACCGCGCACUCGCGCACUCCAGCCACGCGGCGGGAAAAUUACGCGAAAUCCCCGCGUACCUGUGUUACUCCAGCGGAACCACGGGCAGACCCAAGGGCGUGCUGCUGACGCAUCGCAAUAUGGUUGCUAACGCUAUGCAGAUCAACGGGAUCAAGCAGUUCGACUCGGGCGCACACACCCGCGAGACAUUCCUUGGGUUAGCGCCCUUCUGCCACGCCUACGGGCUCUCCUACGUGCUGCACAGUUCUGUCGCCCAGGGGGGCACAAUUGUCAUUAUGGCGGCUUACACUUUUGAAAAGUUCCUCUCAGCCAUCCAGCACUUUAAAAUUACCUACGGGUACCUUGUACCGCCAAUUGUCUGCGCUUUAUCCAAGAACCCGCACGUGGACGAGUUUGACCUUACGUCUAUGCAUACGGUGCUUUCGGGCGGCGCCGCCCUGAGUCCCACUCUUAUUGAGACCACGGAGGCUCGGCUUCCGGGCGUCCGCAUCGUGCAAGGGUAUGGGAUGAGCGAGAUGAGCCCGGCCACGACUAUGCUCUCUACGUCGCAUUGCAACCCGGCAUCCAUCGGCAUUCUCCUCGCUGGAUGCCAGGCCAAGGUCAUCGACGACACAGGCACUCUGUUGGGAUGCAAAACCCCAGGCGAGCUAUGUUUCCGUGGUCCAAACAUCAUGCUGGGCUACCUCAAUAACCCCAAGGCUACAGAGGAUAUUUUUGACUCUGACGGGUUUUUACAUACUGGUGACAUUGGGUACUUUGACCAGAACGGGUUCUUCUACAUUACUGAUCGCAAAAAGGAGCUCAUCAAGUACAAGGGGUUUCAGGUCGCGCCUUCGGAGCUGGAGGGUAUUUUGGCUGAACACCCGGAUGUCGAGGAUGCCGUGGUCAUGGCUGUUUACGACGAUGAGCAGGCGACGGAGAUCCCAAAGGCGUAUAUUGUUUUGAGGAACAAGGCUGGCGGCAAGGAAGACCAGGAUAGGCGUGCGCGCUUGAUUGUUGAUUGGCUGCAUGAGCGUGUGGCGAGGUACAAGUGGCUGAGGGGCGGGUUUGCUGUCAUCAGCCAUAUUCCGCGCAGCCCGGCAGGCAAGAUUGUCCGCAGCUCGCUGCGCAAUAUCGAGCACGUGUCGUCGCGCACCCAAAGCUAGCACAGCCGGAUGGCUCGGCGCCGCCAUCAGUAAUGAGAGCCG